GGGAAACAGACCAAAGUUUGUCGCAGUUAUUCGCCGUUCAAGAUGAGAAAGCGAGUGUUUGAGCAACCUGAAUCUGCAGAAGCAGCUCCAGUCCAGAGGAAGAAGGAGACGCCGUUCCAAUGGUGGCGUUGGCUGAAAAUAGGCUUAUUGGUCCUGUUGACCAUUUUCAUGCUGAGAAUACUCUCACAAUUAAUCCAGCAACUUGUAUAUACUCACAGACUCAAGUUGCCAUUCUUUGUGGACCUCAGCCGACCUGCUGAUUUCUCCCUUAAUCACACCACCAACAUGUACUUAACACCAGAGGAAGGGAUCUCCCUCGGUGUAUGGCACACCGUCCCUGAAAGCCGGUGGAAAGAGGCACAAGGGAAGGACUUGGCAUGGUACCAGAAAUCUUUAGGAGAUGGAAGUCCAGUUUUCAUAUAUCUUCAUGGGAAUACGAACUCAAGGGCAGCUCCUCAUCGAGUGGGAGUGGCAAAAGUAUUAAGUGCAAUUGGUUGUCAUGUGUUGGUGCCAGACUACAGAGGGUUUGGAGAUUCCUCUGGGCAGCCCACUGAAGCUGGACUGAACACAGAUGCCCUCUACUUGUACAACUGGGUCAAAGCACGCAGUGGAAGCAGCCUGAUUGUCAUCUGGGGUCACUCCCUUGGUACAGGAGUAGCGACUAACACUGCAGCCAAACUGAUAGAACAAGGUGUGGUUGUUGAUGGUGUGAUUCUGGAGGGCGCUUUCAUUAAUCUUGGAAAUUUUAAAUUGGAGUACAGUGGAUAUCAUCCCUAUCAUCCCUUUUCUUGGUUUUACUGGAGGUUUUUUGGCUUGGACUACUUCUUCACAAAGGCCCAAGCAGAGAACAAGCUCGUCUUUCCUACUGAUGAAAAUGUGAAGAAAAUGAGAAGCCCACUUUUACUCCUAUAUUCAGAGGAUGAUCACUUAACACCUCUCCACAUGGCCCACAAGCUAUAUGAGAUAGCACAGACUGCCCAGAAUUCAGAGCGAGUCAAGUUGGUGACCUUUGAGGGCUCCUUGGGGUAUCUGCACAAUGGCUUAUACAGAGACCCCCGUCUGCCUGAAAUCCUGAAGCAGUUUGUGGCAUCAUUAUAAUGCAGGAAAGACGUAUUGAGCAGCAAGGCCUUGUCAGACUUCAACAAGGUCACAGAGCAAUAAUUUCACUCAAUCAAGCUGAUUCUAGAGGCCUUGACUUUUUUCCCCCCAGAAUAUAUGACAUCAUGUGAAACAUUUUCUGUAUUUUUAGCCAAGUGACAGUGGAUUUUAUGAUGUUUUUAUCAGAUCUACAUAUAUCUUUUCUGUGUCAAUGGGUAAUUUAUUUGGAAUUGACAGAGAUGCUAAUAGUUCCCAUUUUAAUACAUACAGUCAUACAGUUUGCAUAUAAUAGGGCUGUGUGAGAAUUUUCUGGUGCUAAAUGUACAUGUAGUAAUAGUAAUGCCACAUUACAUUCAACAAAAUGUGUACUCUGCCUUGAACUCACUCUAAUUACAGUGAGCCACAACUCAAGUACUAGGACCAGUGUCAAUCAGAGUCCAGUCACUGAGGAGCAAGUCUUUAGUGUUUGGAUCCCAUUGCAGCUUUUGAUUACAGGAUGGAAUACCUUUUUAGUAUUUCUGCACUCGAUAUCAUAUUUAUCAAAUAGAACAUUAGGACUUCAUUUUUUUACACAUUUUGUAAUGUUACAGCCUGAUUCCAAAAUCGAUUAAAUUCUUUUUUUUUUUUCUUCUCAAAAUUAUACACAUAAUACCCUAUAAU